CAGAGUUUAACCUAAUCUUGCAUUAGGAUCUGUUUACUCUGACCAGAGCAUCCACAGCAGUGAGCUUAAUAAAGUCUGGAUGUCUGUCCUUUUAUACUGGCAAUUGAUGGUAUAACACACUCCCACACUCGAGCAGGUGCAUGAGAUGAAGGCAAGCAGUACUUAACAAAGCUGGUUAUUUUCUUCUGACAGCUAAUUGUUUUAGACUUGCCUUCCUGCUAGCUGUGUUAGAUUAAAUAUCAGGUUUGUGUUCAUCCUUUAUAAUGAGUUAUCCUUUACAGGGAACUACAUGAAUAUUUGCACAGCAGAAUUCUACAGAAUAUCUGUCUGCACAUAUUGCUCCUUAAUAGUUUUUGAUCAGUAUUGAAAAGCUUUUUAUAUGUUCGCCAAACAACCACAGUGCCUAUUUUUAUGCAAGUAGCUAAAGAUGCUGAACUGACUCCUGUUUAUAAAGCUCACUUGACAUGUGAAGCAGUGAGACAGAAAUCCUCAACUGAUUGUCUGGGAGUAGCUGGAGAAGCCUGGUAGUGGAAAAUGUACUUGGGCACAAGAGAGGCCAUCUGAUAAUUGAUAUUAUGUGUUAAUAUAUUUAAUUGUAGGUUCUUGGUACUGUGGGACGUGUUGCAGCUGUUUUGAUUCUGACCAAAUGGUCUUCCCUGCAUCCUUUUUGUGGUUUUGUUGACACUGGGCCAGUCUGCAACGUUGGAGCAUUGGUUGGAGAACAUGGGAUCUGGUAGUUCUGUGAAUGUCCAGUACAAGUACUCUCUGCAGAAGUCUGAAAAUGCUUUCAAGGCAGCUGUGUUGAUCCAGCAGUGGUAUCGGCGCCACGUGGCUCGGCUGGAAAUGCGCCGCCGCUGCACCUGGAGAAUCUUUCAGUCCAUUGAGUAUGCCUGUGAGCAGGAUCAGAUCAAGCUUCACAACUUCUUCAGUUACCUCAUGGACCAGUUCACACCAAGCAGCAGCAAAGAGAGGGAUUUUAUCAGUCGCAUGUUUGUAAGUGGGGAAAGUUACAAAGAGGCAGAGCUGGAAAAAUACUGUGACUAUGAAUCCAUAGAGGUGCCAGACUCCUACAUCGGACCCCGGCUCUCCUUCCCUCUCCUCCCUGACCAUGCCACGGCCUUGCUGGAAGCUUUUCAACAGAAACAACAGCUCCAUGCUCGUUAUGUCUUAAACCUCCUGCAUGAGACCAGGAAGCACCUCAAGCAGUUGCCAAACAUCAGCCACGUCUCCACCUGCUACAGCGAGGAAGUCACCGUGUGUGGAGACUUGCAUGGCCAGCUGGAUGACCUGUUCCUCAUCUUUUACAAGAAUGGCCUUCCUUCUCCUUCCAAGUCCUACGUGUUCAAUGGGGACUUUGUAGACAGAGGCAAGCAGUCCCUGGAGAUCCUUGUUAUCCUCUUUACCUUCCUCCUGAUCUACCCCAAGGAGGUUCACCUCAACCGCGGCAACCACGAGGACCACAUGGUGAACUUACGCUAUGGCUUCACCAAGGAAGUGAUGCAGAAAUACACGGUGCAUGGGAAGAAAAUCUUGAGGAUGUUUCAGAAUGUCUUCUGCUGGCUGCCCCUGGCCACCCUGAUUGAUCAGAAAGUCCUCAUUAUUCAUGGGGGCAUCUCUGACACCACUGACCUGGACAUGCUUGAGAAAAUUCAAAGGGACAAAUUUAUUUCUGUGCUAAGGCUGAAGAAAAGAAAGGAGUCAAGCAGAAAACCAGAAAUGCAGGCCAUAAAUGGGGAGAAGGAAUCAGGCAGUGAUGCAGCAGGGAAGGAGGCAGCCCCCAGGUUAUCUCUGCAGCCCCAGUCAGCCCAGGCUCCCAGCACAGCCAACAGGCUGGAGUUCUCCAGGUGGCUGCGGCAGACGGUGCAGGAGCAAAUCGACACGUGCCGCCGGCUGGUGGACAUCAGUGAGUCAGAGCCAGAGGAGCUCACCUACUCCAGCUUGGUCUCCUUGAAGGACGUGGAUGAGCCCUGCUGGACUCGCCAGCAGGAGUGGAAGCAGAUUUUAGACAUCCUCUGGAGCGACCCCAUGCCUCAGGAGGGCUGUAGAGAGAAUAAGGUGCGAGGUGGGGGCUGCUACUUUGGGCCUGAUGUGACGGAGAAGUUCCUUGAGAAGCACAGCUUGCAGUUCCUGAUCCGCUCUCACGAGUGCAAGCAGGAGGGCUACGAGUUCUGUCACAACCGCAAGGUGCUGACCAUCUUUUCAGCCUCAAACUACUAUGAGAUUGGCAGCAACAGGGGAGCCUAUGUGAAGCUGGGACCAGACCUCAUCCCCCACUUUGUUCAGUACCAAGCAAACAAGACAGCCCAUAUGCUCACUAUGACCCAAAGAAUCAGCAGAGUAGAGGAGUCAGCCUUUCGAGCCCUGCGGGAGCAGCUCUUUGCUCACACCUCAGCCCUCGUCAGUGCCUUCAAGGCCUACGACAGGGACAAUACAGGAAGGAUCACGCUCAGUAACUGGGCGACAGCAGUGGAGUCGGUGCUGCGGCUGGGACUGCCCUGGCGAAUGCUGAGGAAACAGCUGGUGUGCAGCACCAAGGACGGCAUGCUGGAAUACAAAUCCUGGCUGGAUGACCUGGCCAUGGAGCAGAGGAGCCAAGAGCACAUCCAGUCGAGCUUGCUGGAAAUAAUUUAUCGAAACAGAUCCAACUUAGAGACCAUAUUCAGGAUCAUAGACAGAGACCAUUCAGGUCUCAUCUCCUUUGAGGAAUUCCAGCAAACCUGGAAGCUGUUCAGCUCCCACAUGAACAUUGAACUUACAGACGAUGGCAUUGACGACUUGGUUCGCAGCAUUGAUUUCAACAAGGAUGGGAACAUUGACUUCAACGAGUUCCUGGAAGCCUUCCGCCUGGUCAAGCAGUGUCCGUCCUGAGAGCCUGCCCAGGGCUGCCACGUCCAUGCCUUGCUUUCUCAAAGCCAGCACUGCCCCACCUGACCUAGAGCGUGCCUGCAGAUGGCAACAGGGAAAGGGAAAGGCAGGCGCCCAAAACCGUGUAGGCAACGGCUGUGACCCAGCUGGGGAGGGAAACAGGUGAAAUAGAUGAGCUGCACUUCAAUUCAGACUGGUUUUAAAAGAAGCUGCAUUUUAAGUAGUUUCCUGCUCAAAGGGAAAAGCAACUUAGUGUCUCUUGUCAAUGUGAGAAAAUGUUACAGAUACACUUCAGAGCAGUAAAGUGGAAGUCAAUGUAUUAGUUGUAGGCAGUGUUUUAAGAAGACAGUACCUGUUUGAUCACAGCUUUCCUUUUAAUAAACCAUUUUUUCUAGAUUGC